CAAUAGAGUUUGCGCAGAAGGUCCCGCCCGAUGGGAUUCGUCCUACGAUCUUUUUUAUGUCACUGACAUAUUUGUUUUGAAUAUUUUGAACAUUUAUAAUAGUAAAAUAAAUUACGUUAGAUUAUUUAUUCGAAAAUAGUAUAUCCUUUGAAAAAAUAUUGAUAUUGAAGAAACUAAAGGAUUAAUCAUCUCGUUGUAUCAGUUUGAUAUGAUCUAAACAGUGAAUUUGUUAAAUAAAGACGUGAAUCAUGAGUAACUUUAGUGAGCUUCGUCAAAUAUCAGAUAUUUCCAGUAUUUCGACAAUCUCUCAUUCCAGCAGUAGAUUUAUCGACAGAGUGGACUCAUCACAAUGUUUGUUAGAUAAUAAUUCCAGCAUUAUAAAAAAUAGUAAUGAUAAGUUUGCGAUAAUCCAAGAAACAAAUGCAAUUGAGAAAGCAAUGAAAUCUUUUUCAUUAUGCGAGAAAAAUAUGAACGAGCACAGAAAAGCCAAUAUUGUUUAUCAAUGUGUGAAGGAAGCAUCCUUGAAUCACAAAGAUAUUCUGUCCAAAAGCAUAGCAAGCAAAUUGCGAAUAUUGCUCUUAAAUCAUGAACUUGAUAAAUAUAUGCACUUUCCUUCAUCGAUAAAACAUAUGCAAGACGAAUUGAUGCUUUUGGGAAUUAUUGAUUUACCAUCGUCAGACUUAAAUCCUGAUGAGAAAUUAGAGAUUAAAUGCUGUGUCGAGACAAUGCUUCGAGAAAAAAUACAUGAUAUGAUAUUAAGAUAUGAAGAAUUAGGAGGAAAUGUCAAAAAGGCAUUGAAGAGUAAUGAGUGCAACAUGCAUAAUAAAUUCCUGGAAUACGAUAUACCAGUAGAAUGGAAGAAUAAAAUUGAGGAAUUAAUUAUGCAAUGCAAAAGCAAUUCUCUGAAAUAUACAAAAUUAAUUGGCAGAUGGAAUAAGAUGAAAUAUGAGGACAUGACUCAAGCAUAUUUGGAGAAUGCAGAGCAUUUACUGCUGCAGGCGCAAGUUGCAGACUUGCAAGCAAAACUAACGAAUAUUUCUUGUACAAUUAAAAUGUUCAAGGAGACUCCGACUACAAUCGACGCUUUUAAAAUGCUAAAUCAACUGGUUGAAGAAAAAUUGAAAGCAAUUAGAGAUGAAAUCCGUCAAAAAGAAGAUUUAAAGAAACUUUAUGAUAAUUUGAAAAACACAGAAUAUGAUAAGAUAUUAGAAAACUAUUUACAGCUUUGCAAUGCAAUAAAAAAAAAGAAAAGUAUUUUAAAUAAGUUAAAAUAAUUUUAUAAAUAAAAUUGGAAGAUAUUUUGAUAAUUAAUCUAAAAAAAAAAAAAAUAAAUAUUUUUCUACAUUUA